AUCAAAUUUUUACUGUAACAAAAUCUACCACUUUUCUUUCCUAUAUAAAUACCUGACCCGUCGACGAUCCGACAUCAGUGAUCAGAACGCUAACCGAACGUCUAGUUUCAUACCGCUCUCGAGUUGCCAGCAGCGUAAUCACCUCCCAGAUAACAAAAAAAAUGGUCUCCAAAAUUGCGAUCCUCCUCGUGUGCAGCCUCGCCAUAGUUUCUAUGGCGGACGCGGCUGCUAAAAAACCAGCGAAAUCGUCCAUAAAGCCGACUCCGUGCGAUAACGCGAAAUCUUCCACCGAUUUAUCGAACUCCUGCAGUUCGACUUUGAGCAGUUGUCAAUCCGGUCUUGGAAAUGUAUCCGGUCCGGGAGCUGGAACAGCCCUUGGACUCAGCUCUUCGCUCACGUUGGUGCUUGGACCUCUCCUAGCAGCCGUGGUUGCUCUGCUCUCGUCGCUGCUGGCCUCAGUAUGUGAUCUUGUGACGAAACUUCUGUCAGCAGUUUUGGCUCUCUUGUGCGCGGUAAUAAAUCUGGUGAUCGAUUUGCUCAACGGUCUCCUCGGUCAAUCCGACUACCAAAGUCAGUGCAACUCGGCCUACGACAACGCUUGCACCCAAGUCAAGAGUUGCGGAGGUUCGGGUGGUUUGGAUGACAGUCUUAUCGAGGUGGUGCUGAAACUGCUCGCUACCAUACUGAGCUUGGUGAUCAACAUCAAACUCUGAGAAUAUUCGAUACACGUUUAUGAAGGCGAAAAAAAAAACAAAAAAAAAAUAAAUACGAAGGGCCAAGAACUCGUACGCUUCUUCGUAAAUUGAUGAAAAAAUGAAAGUAGGAUGCCAUUCUUCGACGAAAAGAAGAAGCUACCGAAUAAAUGAAAAAAUAUAUUUGAUCAAGAAA